GUCAAAUCUGCGGUCACCAUGUCAACCCGCCAUCUUGCUGUACACAAUUUUGCACCAGUUUUGGCACAUCGUUUGACCAAGUUUACCAAUUUGGGGUUGAAAAAGAGUUAAUUACCUGAUCAAUAUGUCUGACUACUCAGAACAGGAAUAUGACGAGGACCAAGAAGGGGUUGAAGAGCCUGAGAUGGGAGAGGAAGAAGGCGGGGAAGAGGAGGGAGGGGAGCAAGAAGAAGAAGAGAAAGUACCGGAGAACCCACUCACAGAAGAUGCAGUUGGAGAAUGCCUGUCAUUACUGGCUAAAAUAGGCAGCGGUCUAGCCCAUGCCUAUGUCAGAUUAGAUGUCAAAGACAGGGAAAUAACAGACAUAAGUAUUUUGAGUUCCUUCAUUCAUCUCCGCUACGUGGACCUCUCAAUGAACAUGCUCCGUGACAUUUCACCUCUGAACUCCCUGACCCACCUGCUGACCUUGAAGUGUGAGCGCAACCUCCUCCAGACGGCCAAACUGGACGAGUUGCCCUACCUCCAGGUUGCCAGCUUCGCCAACAACAGGAUCGCGACCACGGAUGGCAUCAACCAUCCCCUCCUAGAAUCUCUCAACCUGUCCUUCAAUGAAAUCAGCGUGAUGGGUGGUUUGGAACCGUCCAAGCUCGGGAGGCUGCACACACUGGAGUUGAGAGGCAACAAACUAACAUCCACAGCCGGAAUUUACCUUCCAAAUUUGAAAAACCUGUUUCUGGGCGGAAACCUCAUCACCAAAGUGGAGGGUCUGGAGCGUCUAGAGCACCUGACUACGCUUCAUCUCCGUGACAACCAGAUCGAGAAACUGGACGGCUUUGCCGACACCAUGCAUCAGCUGCAGUACAUCAACCUCAGGGGCAACGCGGUGGCCGAUGUGAAAGAGACCGCUAAACUCAAAUCCCUGCCCAUGUUGAGGGCGCUCAUCCUGUCAGAAUCCCCAUGUUCUGAUGAGGACGACUACAGGAUGGAAGUUCUGAUAAACAUCCGGAGAGUAGAACGACUGGACAAGGACGAGUACACGGAGGAAGAACGACAGGAGGCGGAGGAACUGUAUGAACAGAGGAGGGCGGAAGAGUUGGCCGCGGAGGGGACCGAAGAAGUUAUUCAUUCAGACACUGAGGACGCAUGAAGAGCUCGAUGCUAAGUCCAGAAAAAUUUAUGAACAAAAAGCAGAUUGAGGUACCAGGAUCCAAAGAAACAAUAACAGUUAGGGAGAUAGGCCAACUACAAGUUGAAGUGCUUGUAAGCCUCUCAUGGGCAUCUCCGCUAUUUUAACAGCAGCCCAUGAACAGUGUAAGAAUUAAAUUUGAGCCCUCAAUGUUGUUGCGUUCCCAUCUGCCUUCAACUGACAAAAUCUGUCUUUCUCAGUGGUAGUCACGAAGUGAGCCCUCUUGUGGCCAAAUCUGGAAAUUCAUUGGUUAGACAUACAUUUUGUAAUCCUAGCCUCCAUGUAAAUCUUUGCACAUCUGUUUUUUAGGGGAUACAAGGAAAUAUCUUAACGCUGCACAGUCAGAAGGUCCAUUUGUAUCAACUUAGAUUACAUUAAGCCUUUGCAUGUGAAGUAAAAAUUAACAAAGAAAUUACGUCCAGCUUGCAAAUAUAUAGAAAUAAUCUAGCAGAAGUCGGUUUUGGCCCGACAUUUUUGUGAAGGACUUGGCGACAUUUUGUGUAAAGGAUUUACGGACCAACAUGUCCUUGGACGGCAGAAGAUUGAUCGAAUUCACAGUUUGAUUAAUGAAAGCAGGAACUAUCAUCUGUGUAAUGAUGUAUAUAUUAAAAGUUUUUAUAUUCAAUUGCAUUGCGUGAAUAUAUUUUGACAUUGUACUUACUACUGCUAUCCGUCCAAAUCGGUAAUUCUUUACCGUUGUACAUAUUGAUGAAUUAAAAGAAAAAUGUGAUACGUAA